CGCCGGGGUCGGCGGGCGGAGGCCGGGUCGCGGCCUCUUUGUCUCGGCGGCGGCGGCGGGCGCGCCCGCGGGGCCCGGGGCGGAAGUCCCGACGCGCUCCGGGCGCCCCGGGCCGCAGCGGCCGCACCAUGAGCGACAUCCGCCACUCGCUUCUGCGCCGCGACGCGCUGAGCGCCGCCAAGGAGGUGCUGUACCACCUGGACAUCUACUUCAGCAGCCAGCUGCAGAGCGCGCCGCUGCCCAUCGUGGACAAGGGCCCCGUGGAGCUGCUCGAGGAGUUCGUGUUCCAGGUGCCCAAGGAGCGCGGCGCGCAGCCCAAGAGGUUGAAUUCACUUCAGGAGCUCCAACUUCUUGAAAUCAUGUGCAAUUAUUUCCAGGAGCAAACCAAGGACUCUGUCCGGCAGAUUAUUUUCUCGUCCCUUUUCAGCCCCCAAGGGAACAAGGCUGAUGACAGCCGGAUGAGCUUGUUGGGAAAACUGGUCUCCAUGGCUGUGGCUGUGUGUCGGAUCCCAGUGUUGGAGUGUGCGGCUUCCUGGCUCCAGAGGACGCCUGUGGUCUACUGUGUGAGGUUAGCCAGGGCCCUCGUGGAUGACUACUGCUGUCUGGUACCGGGAUCCGUGCAGACGCUGAAGCAGAUACUCAGUGCCAGCCCUCGCUUCUGCUGCCAGCUCAUUACCUCCGUCACCGCGCUCUAUGACCUGUCAUCAGAUGACCUCAUCCCACCGUUGGACUUGCUUGAAAUGAUUGUCGGCUGGAUUUUCGAGGACCCGAGGUUGAUUCUCAUCACUUUUUUAAAUACUCCGAUUGCGGCCAAUCUCCCAAUAGGAUUUUUAGAGCUCACCCCGCUCACUGGUUUGAUCCGCUGGUGCGUGAAGGCCCCCCUGGCUUACAAAAGGAAGAAGAAGCCCUCCCUGUCGAACGGCCACGUCCCGACCAAGGUUCCGAAGGACUCAGGAGGGAUGGACAGAGACUCCCACCUGUUGUACUCGAAACUCCACCUCAGUGUCCUGCAGGUCCUCAUGAUGCUGCCAGUGCACUUAACCGAGAAGAAUCUCUACGGCCGCUUGGGGCUCAUCCUGUUUGACCACAUGGUCCCGCUGGUAGAGGAGAUCAACAGGUUGGCAGAUGAACUGAACCCCCUCAAUGCCUCCCAGGAGAUCGAGCUCUCACUGGACCGACUGGCGCAGGCCCUGCAGGUGGCCAUGGCCUCCGGGGCGCUGCUGUGCACGAGAGCACAGGGAACUGGGGUGAAGUCGCAGAGUGGACCCAGGUCGAACGCUGGCCGUGACGUCUGUGCGUCUCCCGGCUGCUUUGCCCAGGACUGGGGACUCCUCCAGAAUGACCUGAGAACUUUGUGCUCCAGGCUGCCCCAUAAUAACCUGCUCCAGCUGGUGAUCUCGGGCCCGGUGCAGCAGGCACCCCACGCAGCGCUGCCCCCCGGCUUCUACCCUCACAUCCACACGCCCCCGCUGGGCUACGGGGCCGUGCCGGCCCACCCCGCCGCCCACCCUGCUCUGCCCGCACACCCGGGGCACACAUUCAUGUCGGGCAUGACUUUCCCGUUCAGGCCCAUCCGCUAGGCCGGCCCCAGUGCCACCGAGGGGCAGUGUGCCUUCCGCCUGGGCCGGAGGAAGCCUUCCAGAGAAAGGGGGAGCCACCCCCUCGAAGAGGACCUUUUCGGGUAGCCGGUGGCCCCUCAUCCCCAGCAGGACUGUCUUGGUGCGGGCGUUACACGGCAUUGCAGUCCAGGGGGCCUUCUGCCAGGUCACGUUCAAGUCUGGAUGGGAUGUGUGGAAGGAAGGACAGACCGCGUGCGCCCAGCCGUGUGGGUGUCCUGCUGAGACGCCGAUUCUUGGAGCCGGUGUCCGUGGGUCGUUUCAGACACACGGGGAGCCGGUGCUGCCCCGAGCAUGGCUGUGAUGAGCAGCAUUUGCAGGUCCCGCUGGUGUCUCUGCGUGUGAGUGGGACGGGUCCCUGGGAGCUCUGUGAGCUCGAAGCUGGGCCCCGGCACGGGCCGGGCCGGGAACCGGGCAGGGAGCCCCAGCCCAGGAGCUCCUCUGUUUUAUUGAGGUCUAAAUUUUCCUUUCAUAUGUUCAAAUAAAUUUUUUCUAAACAGUU